GCUGUGCUCCGCUGGGGCUGGCAGGGUCUCUCCAUCACCCCCCACCUCCCCCAGCAGCGCAGAGCGCGUCCCUGCUGGGCUCCAGCCCCCUCCUGUCGGAGGCCAACGCCGAGCGCAUCGUGGACACCCUUUGCCGGGUGCGCGGCGCCGCCCUCAAGAUCGGCCAGAUGCUCAGCCUGCAAGACAGCAGCUUCCUGAGCCCCCAGCUGCAGCGGAUCUUCGAGCGCGUGCGGCAGAGCGCCGACUUCAUGCCCCCCUGGCAGACCAGCCAGGUGCUGGCCGAGGAGCUGGGCGCCGGCUGGCGGGAGCUGGUGGCCUCCUUCGAGGAGACGCCCUUCGCGGCCGCCUCCAUCGGGCAGGUGCACCACGGCCAGCUGCGCGACGGCACCGACGUGGCCGUCAAGGUCCAGUACCCCGGCGUGGCCCAGAGCAUCCGCAGCGACAUGGAGAACCUGCUCUCGCUGCUCAAGCUGAGCGUGGCGCUGCCGGAGGGUCUCUUCGCUGACAACACCCUGCAGGUGCUGCAGAAGGAGCUGGAGUGGGAGUGCGACUACCGGCGCGAGGCUGACUGUGCCCGGAGGUUUCGGCAGCUGCGGGGGGGCGACACGUAGGUGCCGCGUGUGGUGGAGUCGCUGACGGCCGCCCGGGUCCUGGCCAUGGAGCUGGCGCCCGGCGUCCCGCUAGACCAGUGCCUGGGGCUGGGCCAGGACACGCGGGACGAGAUCUGCUCCCAGAUGCUGCGCCUCUGCCUGCGCGAGAUCUUCGAGUUUCGCUUCAUGCAGACAGACCCCAACUGGGCCAACUUCUUCUACGACCCGGCCCGACACAAGGUGACGCUGCUGGAUUUCGGGGCCAGCCGCACCUUCAGCAAGGGCUUCACGGACGACUACAUUGAGGUGGUGAAAGCCGCGGCUGACAGGGACCGGGCCAAGGUGCUGCAGAAAUCCAAGGACCUCAAGUUCCUGACCGGGUUCGAGACUCAGGCCUUCGAGGAGGCGCACGUGGAGGCGGUCCUGAUCCUGGGCGAGGCCUUCUCGGCGCCGGGGCCCUUUGACUUUGGGGCGCAGCACACGACGCGCCGGCUGCAGACGCUGGUGCCCGUGAUGCUGCGGCACCGCUUGACGCCGCCGCCCGCCGAGAGCUACGCCCUGCACCGCAAGCUGGCCGGCGCCUUCCUGGCCUGUGCCUACCUGCGCGCCCGCGUGCCCUGCCGGCCCCUCUUCGACCAGCUCUACGCCCAGUACUGGGGCCGCUCCUAGCACUGCGGGCCAGAUCCCAUCUGUGUCUGGCCGUGGGGGCCCUGGUGCUUCGGUUGCUGCCCCCCUUUUCCACGGUGCCCGGGGGGGGCGUGGGGGCUGCUCCCCCGGCACGUGGAGUCUGGACUGUGCGGCUGCGGGCAGUGAGCAGGGGGUGCGCCUCCCC